AUGAGUGACGGCGACAACAGGUGCAGCGCGGAGUCCCAGGCUUCUCGGGAGUCCCCGAGUUUGGCGCGUCAGGCCCGGGGGGGUCAGAGUUUGACUCUGGAAACCGUCCUCCUGGCCCUGCACCAGCCUUCCGAAGUCACCCCUCAACCGGCCUCUUGCUGCUUAGUAAAGCCUGAGGUCACGUCAACCUCUCGAAACCCACCAGUCCCAGACGCCGACUUUCCUCCAAAGGGGAGAAGAGAGGAAACCGUCCGAAAGCAGGCGACAGUGGCCCCAGAGCCGAGCCCUCGUCUGCACACCACACGUCCGCCCCGACUUGCUGCACGCUCUUCCCUCCCCAGACGGCCCAGCUCCGCGACCACGGGCCACAGCCGAAACCGCCCGCCCGCGCCGCUCGCCGGCUUGCUGCGCCCGCCCGCCCCGCCGCCCGAGGCGACGUCGCCUGCUCCUCCCCACCCCCCCCUACCGGGUGGCAGGUUCAGGUCCCGGGUCCGAGCCUGCGCCCCUGCAGCUGCCACUGCCGCCGUCGCCGCCAGGGGGAGUGUCCGUCGGGAAACGUGGUGUUGCUUCCUUGGUGUGAAGGUGCUUUCAAACUUCAGGUUUCUGAUCCUUUCCCCUGGGUUCUGA